ACAGCCAUUCAGAGAGCUGCGCAGGAGAACCUUACGCAUAUAUAAGGGGAUGAGAAGGCCCAGGGAGUCACACUUGGCCUGACAACCUCGUCGUCUGCACUGCUCCUCCAACGCCUCCUGCCAUCCAUAAUGCUGCGCCUGUUGGUAGUGAUGACCGUCGUGACGGUGGGUCUUGGCUCUAGCAUCCUUCCUGUCACUCCCAGCUGUGUCUUCUGGUGCAAUUUCCCAGCCGCUGUCAACGCUGGUGCCAGUUACUGCUGCAUUAAUUCAAACCAGAGAAUUGUCGAAAAUACAAGUCUAGAACCCCAUGCAGGUAGAUGUAUAAUCCAUACCUUCUGUGCCAGAGGCGACUUUACACCGCCUUCCCCUAUCAGAUGCGGUCAUGAUGACUAUUGUCCCUACAACGAAAAAUGCUGCUAUGACGCCUGUCUGAAGCACCACACCUGCAAGGGUCCUCUUCCCCAUUAACUCCUUGCACAAGAUCACACCGAAUGUUCCACCCGCUGCCUUCUCGGCGUCACACCUAAAACAAUUAUCAUGUAAACAACGCCAAUACGAGCAUUCAGCAGCCAGCCGUUCCUCCCCACCCAGUAAUGCAGUUGUCUCAAAAUGGAACUUGUAACUGGAACGUGAUCCACUUGAGUACCACCAAAUGUUACACUUGUGUUAUAUGAACUGUGUAUUAUUAUUGCUGUUAUUAUGUUCUUCAGGUUUGUUGCAUAUGCUUUAUGUUCAUUAGAGAGCAGUGUUUCUUACAAUGAAGUUGUUGUCAUCAAUUACAAGGUUUUACAAUAAAGUUGUCGUCCGUU